AUGCCUGGCGACGGCCCUGUCAGGCAGGCUGAGGCGGAAGCGCGAUGCGAACAGCACCCCGGCGGGAAAGGGCCUCGGGUGUCUCUAGGACCCCAGGGCCCCUACCACACUGGAAUGGACGUCUCGAUCCAACGUAUUGCGGGCCCCGCUCUGCCACCAUUCACACGCGACGUUCGGAGUCGCGCCCGCCCCCAGGAGUUGAUUGAGAAGUUUGUGCCCCCGGCCCCCUUAGGAGAUUCUGUUCAGCCGGAUGCCAUCGUUAUCGCCGUGUCUGUGGUGCUGUCCGUUCUCGUGCUGGUCGUCGUCGGCAUCACCUGCGUCGUCUGGAGCCGCUGCCCACUCUACAAAAUGUGCCGAGUGCGAUACGGCGCCGACAGUGAGAUAUCUUACUCUGCUGAGAAGACAGAUGAAUCGAAGGUGAAGAUGAAGAUGAUGAAGCCUCUAUGUCCGGAGAAUGGAGCGGCGGCAGAUACGGAGCCCAAGUGUGCGGCGGCAGCAGCUAACCGACCAG